AUGGGAAAUUUUCAAUCAAACGCCCAAAAAAAAAGUAAACUCUGUGUCGCUGACCAUACCGAAAAAGUCGUAAAACUUCUCAGAUCUUCCUCAUAUGAUAGAGAAUUAUGUGAAGCGCAAUUAACAUUAAUUAAACACAAAAGGCAGAACAAGGAGGCCGAUAUCAUCAUUUUUAUUAAAAAUUUAUUUUCUUUCUUUAAAUUGUUCAGUAAAGAUGUACUUACUGAUGCUGAAUAUGCCGAACUUGAAGAAUUAGUCAAAAAAUAUUCAAUUGUACAGCACGAAAUAAGAUCCGAAGUCACAAAGUGGAAAGAACACAAUAAAGUUGAAACAAAUGUAACAUUCUGUGACGACUCAAAUAACGGAUUUGGAAACUUCCUUUUAUGUAACAUUCAAAAAACACGUAAACCUGAUAUCGAGAUUAUUGAACUCAAGUUAGAGCACUUUACCUGUGAGAAAAGCCAACCUGAAGAAUUAAUUCAUCAUAGAAAUGUAAUAAAGAAAACUAUGCAUAGUCAACCAAUUUGUGAAAAGAAUGUUAUUCGACCUUCUAAAAACAUUCGCGAAAAAACUCUUGCACUAAAAGAAGAAAUAGAUGUUCUCAAUAAAUUACAAAUUUGCGAUAACAUACUCAGAGUUUAUGGGUGUAUUUAUCACCACGGAUAUUUCGUUAUUACUGAAUGGGCUGAUAAGUUUGAUUUACAAACUUAUCUUCGAAAAUAUUCGGAUCUUGGUCGAAACGAAAAAAUCAAGAUUGCUUAUGGAAUUGCCAAUGCUUUAAAUUAUUGCCACCAAGAAAGGAUUCUUCAUCACGAUCUCACCAAUAUCAGAAUAAAUGGAAGUUCUUCUAUUAUAAAAUCAAGAGAUGAUGAACAAUCUUUCAGAUGGGCUGCACCUGAAUUGUUGAAUGAUAACGAAACAGAAUACACAAGUCAUUGCGAUGUCUACAGGUAUGACCUAUCGAUAAAUAAUUAUAAAUAA